AUGCUGCCGUACCUGUUCCCUGAGCUGUCCACCUUUGCUACAGUCGCCGAUCUUAUCACUCACCUUCGCACUAGUGAUGCUCGCCUGCGUGCCGCCCUUCCCACCGAGUUCUGCGCUAAGAAUCCCCCUCCCCUGUACUGGACACUCCACUUCAUAGUCACCCGUCUCCCUGACACCCUCAGCUCAGUUCGAGACCACUUCCUUGCUCGCUGUCCCACUGAGCUCACAGUCGCCCUCCUAGAGGAGCAGCUGCUAGCGGCCGAAAAGAGCAUUGUAGCUGUCGGUGCUGCUCGUGGCGCUCCUCGCACCCCCAUCUUUGAGGGGUGUUCUCCCUCUCCCCUCGCUCCCUCCUAUGCUACUGCUGCUGCUGUUGACUUCCUUGGUGCUGAGUCUGCUGGCGCUGCUUCUGCUCCUGGUGGGAGGCGCCGCACCGGCAAGGGCAAGGGGGGCAAGGGUGGCGGGGGUGGCGCUGGGGGGGGAGGAGGUGGGGGAGGUGGGGGGGGAGGCGGUGCUGGAGGGAGCGGUGGCGGGAGCGCUGGUGGGAGUGGGGUCGGCGGUGGAGGCGGGGGCGGCGGAGGAAGCAGUGGCAGUAGUGGCGGCGGCGGCGGUGGCGGCGGCGGCGGUGGUGGCGGUGGUGGCGGUGGUGGCGGUGGCGGUCGGAGCGGUGGUAGUGGUGGCGGCGGAGGUCGGAGUGGAGGCACUGGCUCGGGCCAGAGCUCCCAGCAGCAGCAGCGUCCCCAGACGACCCAACAGCUUCGUGAGUGGCUUGCUCAGCGUGGGACGUCGGGGGGCAGUGGCCGCUGUUCCUAUGUCAUUCGCACAGGUGACCGCAAGGGACAGACGUGUGGGAGGUUCCACACCCCGUACCGCUGCUUCUCCCGCCUUGACGACGCUUGGCGUGAGGAGAUGGGCGAGGAUGUUGAGCGCCCCCGCUGGGCUGAGCUCAUGAGGGCUGGUGUUGAUAUCUUUGCUCUUGACUAUGAUGCUAUUAUUGCUGCCAUGUAUAGAGCCCGCUGCCCUGGGUACUAG